AUGGAGCUGACAUUUCACGCCAGAGGCGGUGGAAAAGUUCCGAAGCGGAAAUACACCAGGGGGGCUUGUGAUGCGUGUCGCCAGAGAAAGAAAAAAUGCCACCAUGAGAAUAGGGACCACGGAUUAUCUUCAUUGGUGAAAGAGGGGGAUUUCAUCCCUUACGCCCCCAAUACAAGCCUCACCUCACCGCCGCCCGCAGCUAGCCAUUCCGGAGUCCAGCCUCUGGCGAAUAUACGGGAAGCCGGGGGUCCCGUAGAGCACAAUGAUCAAAAGUCUUCACGGGUUCAGGUUGGUAAAUCGCAUGUCCGGUCCCAAUCCUCGACUAGCUCUGGUCCCUAUGCCCAACGAUUCAUUGGUGACCUCAACCCGGUUGUUUUUUUUGUCGAUGACGCCAGCGCGAGGUUAUUGCACGGGCGUACGAGUCAACGGGAUGUUGGCGUAUGGCUCGACGGAGAAGAGAACGAACUUCUGGAGCCUAGGGAUGAAGCCCAACGUGGAGCGUCAUCGUCGCAUAGCAUCAGGUAUCAGGCGUCCCGGCAGCGCCGAGUUCCGCAGCAAAGGGCUUCUUUGCUACCCUCGCGAAAAACCCAAGAAGAAUUGGUUGAUAUUUACUUCCGUCGCGUGCAUUCUGUUUUCCCACUCAUUAACGAGCAUGAGUUUCGCACGGAGUUUCAGAGCGGCUCUGUCUCUUCCCGCCUCGUGCAGGCCGUAUGCCUCGUGGCUUCGAAAGAUCGUGAGGCGAAGUCGAAGCUAUACCUCCCCGGCCAUGUUGAGGUUCUCCCUGUAGAUGAGUUUAGCAAUCUGCUCUAUGAUGACCUGGUUGAAGCUACUGCGUUGGAUAUGGAGAGAAGACGAAUAGUACUGAUCCAAAUUCUCACGCUACUCUCCCUCCAUGUUCAAGGGCCAGACAGCUUUGAUAGAGCUACCAUGCAUUUGACCCAAGCCAUCCACCACGCUCACACCGUAGGACUACACUUAACGAAAGGUGCACCUACUGAUGACACGAAACCUUUUAUAGCACUAUUUUGGUGCUUGUGGAGUCUUGACCGAUGGAAUGCAGCUAUCCAUGGAAGGCCAUUGGUCAUCAACGAUAGAGACUUGGGGCAACAGCUUGCGGAUGUGAUUGACCUUUUCGAAGCACCGUUCCGCGUCUGGCUAUCUUUGGCCUCAAUCAUGGGAGAGGUACUAUCGGUCUACCGCCCGGUACUAGAUUCUCCUCUUGAUGAGAACAGACCCAAUAUCCCCAGGUUCGAGGAAAUCCUCGACACCUGUAAUGGAUGGAACCUUGAUCUGGAUGUGAUGAUGUCUCUUGAACUGGCAUAUUAUGCUAUUGCUCUUCUGGCUUCACGGCCCUGGGGGCUUAAGACCCAGCCUAGAUCACAUACCCUGCAUCUACGACAGGACCUGUCUAUAUAUCGCAUUGUCACAUUGGCACAAAUGUGCGAGAUCGAACAGCUCCUACCUCUACCCGUCAUUGCGUACUCCAUAUCCUUGGGGUUUUCCAUCUCCUAUAAACAGCUCAAGAGAUGCCAUCUUCCGAGCAUGCAGUACACUGCAAAAUUGAACCUCCAGACUCUGUACAAAACCCUGGAGUCGCUAGGCACAACAUGGUGGUCAGCACGGGUGUUGACACGGCUAUGCCAUCGUGCGUUCAACGGCAUGCAACGCAUUAUUGCUGAAAAGACAAAUCCACCCGGGGGUUCGCGAUCCGCCGGCAAAAACCCUUACACAGAUCACGCUGAUCUAGGCAGAGCUAGUUGCACUUUUGACGUGCAGAAGGGUGCCAUCAAUGCAGCACAUAAUUCACUGGAAGGCGACACGUUAAGAGAGCCACAAGCACCACCACCACACAAUACGAUCAUGGCAAAUGAUAACCUGCCCCCAUUCGACUUUGCACAUUUAGAUAAUGCAGAAUUUGGCGACAUCGCAGGGGAUCCUAUGUUUCAUGACAUCGACAACGUUAUUGCGGGCUUUUUGGAUAUCAAUGUACCCAAAUGUGCUUCCCACCCCUCGUUUAUAACCCUAGAUACGGCAUGGAGCUCGGAAGGAUUCGAGUGCCCUUCCUUUCAAUAA